GAACAGCGCGCGUGUCUUGUGUGUAGCUGAAACUGACGUUAUUCUGAAGAGAAUAAACUACUAAUAAUGCAUCAUACACAUGAUUUAGAGUUAUUCCCUGAAUAUACAGUGACUCAACUGCUCUUCAAAGAUGUGAAAAAUGCGACAGAGUUGAGAAAAUUGGCAGUAAAUGGAGAAAUAAAAGGCGCUUUGAUCAAUCCAUCCAUGAUCGUUGACUCCUUCCAGGUCCUGGUAGCGGCAAAUAAAGCAGUUCACCUUCACAAAAUUGGAAAAAUGAAAACCAGGAGCCUGUACUCUGAAAUCAUUUUUAACCUUUCACCCACUAACAAUAUAUCUGAAGCUUUCAAAAGGUUUGGAAUCUCAGACAGUGACGGUGCAGUUCACAUUGUGUUAGUGCACAAUAAAGAAGAGACCCUCAACAUUGAAGACAUCAUCUCAAAGGUGGACGGACAACAGAUUCCCGUUGAGAAAGUGUCAGAUUUGACUGAUGCUGCCAAGAUUAAAAAGCUCUACAAAGUGCCACUGCUGGAGGAAAAGUGUGGCAGUCUUUUGGAUGCUGUUGUCUGCAGAAUGGCCACUAAAGAUGUUUCAUAGCUUAUAUAUAGACACAGAUAUAAACAGAAGCCUAUUUAUUUGACACAUGUUGAGAUAUAAUGUGUUCAUGGCCUUUUUUAAUAAACCCGACCCAUUCAC